GGUGCCACGGGGCGGGCAUUGCAGCCGGGACAAGGAGCGGCUUUCGGGGGUCGGCGCUGCGCGAGGCGAGCGCUAGACGUGGUCAGUCAUGGCGGGUGAUGCCAUCAUGGUGAUGAGAGGGCUGGCGAAGCUUAGUAAGGCAGUCGUAGAAGCACAAGCAGGACAACUCCGGCAAGUUAUCUUGGGUGGUGAUGCAGCAACCAUAGCCAGGAGUUUUCAGGCUACUGCUGAAGAACAAUUUAGUGCUGCCAUGGGGAAGAUGCAGGAAUUGGGCAGACGGCAGGAGAAUUUGAAAGAUCUCGAUGAGGACUUUGGAAAAGACUACAGCUUCUCAGAAUCGGAGUUGGGGGGUGCUGCAAAGGACUUCUCUCCUCAAGACCAGCCUCAGAAGCACGGUGGCACAGAGGGCCCAUCUUACGCUUAUGCUUCCAGUGGACCUUUCCCAAAUGUUGUUAAGAUGGGUGACUCCAGUCAUAAUCCGAAUCCCAUCUCUGCCAAAGUGGAUGCAAAGCUGUUUGGAGGGUUUAGGGACCCUGGGUAUCCUUUCUCUGCCACCUGUGGGCAAAGCAGGGCUUUUCAUCAAGACCAUUCCUCUGUUGGUGGACUAACAGCUGAAGACAUUGACAAAGCCAGGCAAGCCAAAGCGGAUCCACAGCACAAACCACACAAGCAGAUGCUCAGUGAACGUGCCCGGGAGCGGAAGGUGCCAGUUACUCGAAUUGGGAGACUUGCUAACUUUGGAG